GAGUUUAUACGCACCUGCCGGAAAUGAAACGGCGGAAGUUUCCUUUUCAGACAUUGCUGUACGGAGGAGAUACUCUCUUGCGGAAUCAUAAUGCCUACUGAAGCUGUUGAGAAGCCUGUGGUUGAGGAUGUAAAGGGAGACGACUCUGGAUCAGGCACCGAAUCUGAGAGUGAUGACUCCAUGCCAGAGCUUGAAGAUCAGGAUGUAGCUCAACAAAGUCGAGUUGCUGAGGCUGCUGGUAUUCAGGAAGAACUGGUCAGCAAAGCUAAACAAAGCAGGAGUGAAAAGAAGGCUAGAAAAGCAAUGUCAAAACUUGGUUUAAAACAGGUAACUGGUGUAACCAGGGUGACAAUCAGGAAGUCAAAGAAUAUCUUAUUUGUGAUUGGACAUCCAGAUGUUUACAAAAGUCCAGCAUCAGAUACAUACAUUGUAUUUGGAGAAGCUAAGAUUGAAGAUCUGAGUCAGCAGGCACAGAUGGCAGCAGCUAAAGACUUCCAGAGACAGGAGCAUCCAGCUGGUCUCGGAGAUCUACCCAGCACUGUAUCACAGCCAAUACAGGAAGAAUCUGAGGAAGAAGACGAGGUUGAUGAUUCUGGGGUUGAGGCCAAGGACAUUGAACUUGUCAUGUCACAAGCAAAUGUGUCACGGAAUAAAGCUGUUAAAGCUCUCAAAAAUAACGGUAACGAUAUCGUUAAUGCUAUAAUGGAGUUGACGAUGUAACCCAAUGCUCUCUCCUGUAUGUGUGUGUGUGUGUCCAUGUCUGUUCUUCGAUUGUCAUAUUUUGUACUUUUGCCGUUAUGAGCAAAUAGAAAAUAAAAUCCUAUUUAAAACAUUA